AUGCAAAGGUUGAUGCCAACAUCUGAUGCAGCCUCAGUUUCAACAACAUCUUCGUCUGAUUCAUCAUCCUGCCCGCGACGCCACUCUCCAUCAUCACAAUCAUCCUGCAUUUCGUCCGCUACCACCUCACCAAUAUCUGUCAUCGUUAAAUCUGUGAUUUUCUUAGUGGUUUUUGUGAGCACACUCUGUCAUGCCCAGCUCGGUGUCCAUGUGGUACGUUCACCCGAAUCGGCUGUCGCACCCAAGGGCGAUGAAGUCGUUUUUGAGUGUGAAAUGAAUUUAACACCCGAUCGUUUCAAAUGGAAAUUUCGACAUUCGAGUAAUCGCACAGCGGAUGGCAGUGGUUAUAGGGAUUUGACACAGGAGAAUGGUUACAACAUAACCCAUCAAGAUCGCAUCUCCAAAUUACGCAUAGUUGUACAAACCGAUUCGUUGGGUGAUUAUCAAUGUGUUGCCUCAUAUGGUUCGGCAGCUAUAGCUUCACUGCCGGCCCGUCUCACCCUGGUGUCCAUUUCCAUUGACAAUUCCAAUGGUUAUACACGUAACACCAUACGCUAUAAUGUGGCACCGAAAAAUUGCAUUCUCUUACGAUGCGGAACCGUCACAUCAAAUCCGGCUGCAAUUUGGUCUUUCUUUCGUAAUGGUGAAAAAAUUCCACAAUCCGAUUUGAUACCAGCCAAUGGAGCAUUGGUCUUGAAUACGGUCAGCACUAAAGAUUCGGGUAACUAUUCGUGUAGUGCCAUGAAUCCGAUUACCAGCCAGGAGGUAAAGCUGCCUCAACGCAUUGAAUUGUUGGUUAGCUAUAGCGAUCGUACCGCGCCACAUUUUCUUAAGGAGCCACCCAAUCAAGUGACAGCCAGGCCGGGAGAUACUGUGGUCUUGGAAUGUCCAGGUGUGGGUUCCCCCGCACCCAUAGCUGUUUGGAGUUCACCGAAUAUUGUUAAUAUCAACAACAAUAAUCGUACACGAAUUGUACCCUAUGGGCUGCAAAUAGUGGAUGUUGUACCGGAGGAUCAGGGCCCGUAUGUGUGCCGUUUAGAUAAUGGCAUUGCACCGGCCUUGGUGCAUUUGAUUAAAUUGACUGUCCUUGAGAAGCCUUCAAUUUUGCGGGGCCCCGCCAGCACUUUAACUAAUGAAAGUGAUACCCUGGAAUUGGAAUGUUCGGCAGCGGGUUAUCCAUAUCCGGAUAUAUAUUGGCUUAUCAAUGGUCAGGAUACUUCAAUGGAUCCGGAAGUUCAACAUGAUGGUAGACGUUUGGUUAUACAACAUGUUCAGAAGCGCCAUGCGGGAAUUGUGCAGUGUUUUGCCAAAAAUGAAGUUGGAGAGACCAGUGAUGCAAAUCUUCUGAAAGUUAACCCCAAACAAAUCCAUGGCUCUUCGGGUUCAGCGGGAGCGGCCACACCACGUCCUCGUUAUGAAGAAGUUAGUGGUGGUGGCGGUGGAGGCUCUAAGAAAGGCUCGCGCAAGAAGCAUAAACCAACCAUGGUGCCACCCUCACGCCCAAAUGUCACCCGCUUGUCAGACGAUUCGGUUAUGCUGCGCUGGAAUGUACCCCGCAAUGAUGGCCUACCCAUACAAUUCUUCAAAGUCCAGUAUCGCAUGCUGGGCGACAUUACCCGCAAAAUACCCAAAGAAAAUUGGCAAACCACAAACGAUGAUAUACCCUAUGGCCGUCGUAAUGGUGACGGGCCAAAAAAUUAUACCACCUCUGUUACGGGUUUGAAACCCGAUCGUUUUUAUCGUUUUCGUAUUGUUGCCGUCUACAAUAACGAUGACAAUAAGGAGGGUAAUACCUCUUCAAAAUUUCUCCUACAACGUGGUGAUGCCUUAGAUUUGGCCAAAUCAAAUUUACCCAUACCCGAAUUGGCACGCAUUGAACCAUUAUCGGAAUCAGCAGUUCUCUUACAAUGGACAUUACCCAAUAAUCAGCAUGGCUCCCACAUUGAUGGUUUCUAUGCCUAUUAUCGGCCAUCAUCGUCGGCGGGAGAAUAUCAAAAGGCCACUGUCGAUGGUAUGCAUACAAGGAAAUUUAAAAUCGAUAUGCUGGAAGCCGGUACAGCGUAUGAAUUUAAACUGCAAUCAUUUAAUGAUGUGGCUGCAUCGGAAUUUAGUUCCAUAGUUUCGGUGCAAACGAAGAAAUCUGUUACAACCCCUGCCCCCACUCUGCCUGCUGUGGUGCCAGCCACCAAAACCAAUGAUGAGGAUAAUUCCAUAUUCCCUGUUGUGGCCGGGGCAGCUGGUGGUGGUAUUCUGCUAUUGAUUGCCACCAUUACGGCCUGUCUUUGUGUCAAGAGGCGCAAGAAUUCACAAAGUGAGGAUGAAAAUAAACCCCAAUUGGAUCACAUACAAUCGGAUUUCGUUUCACCACAAGUUCAAGUAUUGGGUGUCAACAAUCAUCACAAAGGCAAUCAUCGUUUGAAUGGGGUUUUGCCACGCAUGAAUAUUACACCCAAUCCAUUGGCCCAGGAGGCAGAUAAGAAUCGUAAUGUUAUGGAAUUGCGCUUCAUGACCAACAACACCACCAACACCACCGGUAGCAGCAGCAAUAACAGCGGCAGCAACAGCAGCAGUCACAGCACUCCCAAUCACAGUAAAAGCAAUAGCAACAGUAGCCACCACACCAACCAGCAGAACAGCUGUCACAAUAGCCAAGAGAAAUUGAACAGCUAUGCCAUCGAAGAAGAUCGACCACCUCAUACACCACCACAACGUUCCACAUCAUCGUGUGAAACCUUGGAGGCUGUCGAUGGCAUUAAUUGUCCCCUGACAGCCACCGCAAAUGGUUUAGAUCCCAAUUCGCCUUUGUGCAAACCAUUGCCACCAUUGCCGGGCAAGAAUGCAGCGAAAUUAGCAAAUCAUACAACCACCACUAAGACCAAUCAUAAAUCCACAUCCAAUAAUAAUUUAAAUAAUUCUUCACAGGCAUCCCAUUUGGCAUCGCAGGGUAUCCAUCAUGCUCAGCCGUAUUAUCAGACGCCACCCACCCCAACAAUGAUGGCCAAACGGGGUGACUAUCAGCAACCGCCUCCAGUGCCGCCACAUCAAAAUAAUAAUCAUGCCGCUUUGAUGAAUCAUCAUUUGCCACCCACCACCCAUCAUGGUCAUGCUCCCUUAACACCAAGUAUGGAACAACAUAGACGUACCCUAGAUCGAGGUGGUGUACGGAACAUGAGUUAUUCACAAAACAAUAGUAAUCCCCAACUGGCUGCAUGUCAUGAUCCCAGUGCGGUGAAUAUGGAUAAUAUGACGGCGGCGACAACAAGAAUACCCUCCCUAAGGCGUACCCGUCGCACCUCUGGCGGUAGUACAAAUACAACGAAUGGUCUGAAUUCUCUAUCCAAUAAUCCCAAUGGGGGUUUAGGUAUACCCAUCACGGUCAGUGGUAGUCCACGAGUUCAACGCUCCCCAAUGCCGGCGAGGGCGGCAAUGAUGAAACAGCGUUCACGUUUGGGUAGUCACAACGACAAUAUUUCAUCGGGUAGUUUAAACAGUAUUGAGGUGUAG